AUGUCCGCCAACUCCCAGAACGUUACAUACUCGGGAUCGGGGGAGCAGGACCAUGAAAAUACUGAAGGUGCAGUGACUGAAGUUAUGAGUGCUAAAUGUGUUAAAGUACCACUGGACGAGCAUAUUUUUGCACUGAUUAACAAAAAUAAUCUUGUCAGACAAGAAGAACCUUUAAAGUGUAGUAGUAAUUUAAUAGACAAAGUGAUUCUAAACUAUAUCAUUGUGAAGGAAAUACUUAGUAAUCUAUCAUGGCAAGACAAGCUGCUCUGUGAACUGGUUUGCACUACGUGGAAUUCUGCUGUGCAAACAUUAAGGAGAGAGCAAUUAGGUCCUGGCGAUUUUGUAACAGACUUUCGAACUCAUUCUUUAACAUGUGGAACUGUCUACAAGCAAUCUGGAAAAUUCCACAAUAAUCCUAUGGUGGUUAUGGCAUUUGUUAAUACAUCUGGAUUUAAUAUGUCCUGUCAGUGUAAGUUAAUAAAACCAAGUCCAUGUCUUCGUCCAUGUAAAAAGGAACAUUGUUUGAUUGAUGUGGUACAUAAAAUCAGCUGUGCUCCGAAGGACUGUAUGAAUAUUAUAAGAUCAGAUUAUAUUACAUAUAUGCCUCUGCCACAGUCUGUGACAUUUGAACAUACACUUACAAACCUAAAAUCACAUCCAUUCAUUGGGGGAUUAUACAUUCCGGUAAUACCCGAUGUAAAGUUUCAUACAAUAAACUUGAAGUCAAAUGGUAAUAUGCAAGAUGACUUCUAUAAUACUGUGGAUGAAAUAGCAAAAGAGAGAACCUUUAAGGGUGUCCUUGUAUAUGUUACCGAUAAGUAUCUAUUGAGAUCUGUUGAGGAUAUUGUAUUUUUAAAUUAUUUAAAGGAUGUGCAACCCAAUGUACCUUAUGCUUUAGGGGGCUGUAUCAUUGAGGAUACAAUAUUUGAACAGAGGGAUAUUGAUGGAAUUGUGGACGCUGUUAAUAAAGGGAAUGAUUUUAUUAGUGAAAAUUUGAUCUCAAUUGGUUUAUUUACUAUCCCAAAAGAAUCUCCAUGCAAUGAGUAUAAUUUUGAUAUGUAUUCAUUCAUUCUUGAAUCAUCAGACUGGACAAAGGCUAAAAUACAGCAGGCUAUUAAUGAGUUCUCAAAGAAAGUUCCAAAAUUUGAGUACAGCGUUGUAAUCAAACUCUCUUGUGUGGGUCGGGAUCAGAAACAUAAAUGGGAACAAGAAUGUUUCCGAGCAGUUUUCCCGAACACGAGAAUUAUUGGAUGUUUUGGAAAUGGUGAAAUAGGUGUAAACCAUCCAACAAGGCCUCCACCAGUAGUACCAACAAACUGUGUUAAGAGACAUCGACGUGACUCAGGACCACAGUUUGGUAUUGUAUAUUCUUAUUCUACAGUGUUUGUAUAUAUUGGAUGGGGAAAAAUGACUCUCCCAUAAGAGGUGAGGCCCCAUAAUUUACGUAAUGUAUAGAAUUAGUGUGUAUAGGUAAUAAGUGGUAUUGGCUUAAUGAAUUUGCUGAGCAUUUUUCAUUAAAACUCGGAAUUUGUCAUUUUUUUCAUCAUAUGGAGUUCUAAGUACAAGCAAAAACUUGUCUCAAAGUCACCUCACAUUUGAGGACAAAGGUUUCAUUUUGUUGAAUAAGUGUAAUAAUAUUUAUGUAGAGUUAAGAACAAUAUUAGUAACAAUGGGCAUGUACAAUAUAUUCGUAAAAAAAAUUGUGAUGUCAAUGUCAAACGAAUUUCACGCAGUCAGAUUUUUUUUUUCAAUUUGCUAUAGGAAAAAAUAGAGUCAGCCAUAUUUAGAAUAUUUGCAUUAUGUAUUAUGUAAAAUGAUUUAUAGUAUAUGUAUAAUAAUGUAUUGUUGUAAGCAUUAUUGUAUUAUGUGAACAAAACAUUAAGUGUGAGUGCGUUUAACUAAUAGCUAUUCUAAUCAAUGUCGUUUUAUCUCUAAACAUGUUUAAUUUAUAAAUAAAAAUGUCAAACAAAUUAAUGUCCGACGAAUGCCUCUCGUCCAUUUUCACGAAUGUACUUAAAUAAUUUAAGUAUCACUUUUACAAACGGUUUUCUUACACUUUAGAAGUCUUUCUAUAUAUUUUUUUUUUACUAAAUAUCAAUUUUUUUAUGUUAAAAUGUAAAGUUUUAAUAAUUUUUUUCAAAAGUUUGCCGCACCUGCAAAACGUGCUGUGUGCACGCAUAAUAGCAAAGAAGACAAGAAACCGCAGAUUUCAUAGUCAACUUCGUCGUAAUUUUUAUGAAUCAAUAUAAACAAUUGUAGUUACAUUUUACAUAGGACAAAAAUAACUAUAAUUUCUAUGCUAAUGUUGGGCAAUGCUAUAAACUUUGCCGGCUUUAAGAUGGACAGGAUCUUAUAACAUAAUACAUUAAUGUACUGAACAUCAAGAUAACUCAGCUAGUAGCAGCAAUUUUAAUGUCAUAGUUAUUCACUCUAUUCCGCAAAAGUGUCAUACUUCUAUCAUCAACGUCAUAAUAAAUAACGGGGAACGAGCCAACAGAUGCGAAUAAGGCAGGGACGGUCGUUUUAAAUAAACAAAUUUACAUUGUUCGUAUUAUACUAUAUGAAAACGCUUCUUAGCGGUUGCAUUCAUUAAUCUUUAUAUAUUACAACAUCGAAUCUAAACUUCUAUUUUAUUCCUAAAGAUUAAGUAGGUAUAGCAUGUUUGGAGGUGAAAUGUUAUUUACUCUAUUAACAUAUUAAGCUACUUUAUAAUAUAUGUGUAUAGUACAUAAGAUUACUUAUUAAAACAAACUCUGUAUUAGUUUUAAAUUCGAAAUUUAUAAGAUAUCAGAUUCAUGUGAUUCCAAAAAACCAGACUAAAAUAGAAUGAAAUUUACAAAUAAAAAAUAAUUCUGAGUAAUUUAUAUAGACAUAAUAUAGUGUAAUUGUUCACGUUGUUACACGGUUAAACGGCAAGGGCUACUAAUAAAUUAAUAAUUGUUUAAUUAUUGUUGUUUUAACUUUAAAUAUAACUGGUGCAUUUAAAUUGUUUUUGUCUAUAAUAUAAAAAGUAAAUUGUUGUAACAUUUUAACAUCUAUUUUACAAUGACUGUAAGACGAAUAAAUAACUUAUGUACAUACAAAA